AUGAGGCUCGCCGUCUGCCUCCUGCUGCUCUCCUUUGUCCUGUGUGCAAAUGCCGGCCUCAUUGAAGGGGGAAAAUUUGUCUGGGAUGCGAUAGGAGGGGCAUGGGAUAUGUUCAGAGCAUACCAGGACAUGCGUGAGGCAAACUAUACAAAUGCUGACAAGUAUUUCCAUGCUCGUGGGAAUUACGAUGCUGCCCGAAGAGGACCUGGUGGAGCUUGGGCAGCCAGAGUGAUCAG